AGACCAGUCGACAUCUUUGAAAUGAUCGCAUUCCCGUACGUUAUGACUGUUUUUUGAGCUAAUAAUUGUCAACCAGGGCAUUCUUUUUGAGAAACUUGACGGCAUAAGGGACCACUGGAGUAAAUCUCAAUUUGUCGUGUUUUGCGUCAAACUUGUUUUUGUCUUUUACAAAGAUGGGCAGUCAGUACCAGCGCUCAGUAGCACUUGAGGUGAGGAGAGCAGAGGGAGAGAGAGUUCGGGCCAAGCAUCCAGACAAGAUACCGAUCAUUGUGGAGAGGGCCCCGAGGUCACGAGCUCCUGAACUGGACAAGAAGAAAUAUCUAGUGCCCUCAGAUCUAACAGUGGGCCAGUUGUGCUUCCUGAUCCGCCAGCGUGUGUCUUUGAGACCAGAGGAAGCACUCUUCUUCUUCGUCAACAACUCCCUCCCCCCAUCCAGCUCCCCUCUCUCUGCUGUAUAUGAGGAGCACCAUGAAGAGGACCUGUUUCUCUACAUGACCUACAGUAAUGAGAGUGUGUACGGUGCCUGAGGGAGGACAAAAGACUAGAGAGAGAGAGGGAAUGAGACUGUCGGAGAGAUAAAGAGUUAAGGCUGUUUGAAAUGCUUCACAUCACUUUUAUUCUCUAUAUUAGUUUUGAUAAGUAACUACAGUACAUGGUGGAAGAAAUGCUUCGCACAAGGCAGAGGGGUCGGUAUUUUGGGAUGAGCAUAAUGUGUUUUAGAACAGAGGGGUGAAAAAGAAUGAAUGCAUCGAUCGCAAAAGGAAGUUAUUGAAAUUAUGUUGACAGAUCUCUCAUCUUUCUCAGUCUGCUGUAUUUAAUGCAAAUAGUUUUUUUGUAAAUUAAUAUCCUAAACCUUUGUGGAAAAUAAAGAUGAAAAUGCA